GUGAACGUGUUUGAAGUUACUCCUUCUAACUCUGUGCAUAUAAUGUGGCUGAUACCCCAAUACUUCAUCAUUACGGUCUCGGAAAUUAUGUUCUCAAUUACUGGUCUCGAGUUUUCAUUUACACAGUCUCCCAGUAGUAUGAAGUCAGUUUUGCAAGCUGCCUGGCUACUUACUGUAUCUUUUGGUAACUUGAUUGUGGUGAUCAUUGCAGAAGCCAAGUUCUUUAAAAGUCAGAAUACUGUGGAUUGCAAAAAUGACUCAUUAUCUGAAUGCAUGCCUAAUGUCUUGGGAGACCAUCAGGUCAUCAAAGGCCAACACAUCAUCUGCUUUACUUCAUAGCAGACAGGAGAACACAGCCAUUUCCUUCAUGGGGGACUACUGUAAUCUGAAGCAGUGUAAAGACUCUUAAAUCAAAGAAAUAGUUUUUUUUUCCUCUCGUACUCUGGAUUAAACCUGAAGACUUCUCAUUUUCCAGGUACAGAAUAACCCACAAUAGGUUUAGUGCCUCUCAUGAUUAAAGUAAACUUGCUAAAUUAGAAAUCUGUUUCAUGGGUUAAGCAGUGAUUCAGGGUUUCUUCCUCACUACAUCUCUGAGGCUUAAGAAAUAAAAUAUUUAUUGAUAAAAAUAAUUACAUAGAUAUGGGAUAAUGUGAACAUAAUUUAGAUCAUAUUAAGUUCAGCAAAAUGCUUACAAAAAUUCAAACUGAGUGAAAUAAAUUGAGGGGUUUAGCAGGGUAUCAAACAUACAUUGUGCUACAGCAAUGGCUGCCCUGACCUUCACCAGCCUCCAGACACCACUCAUGAUGGCAGGGAAACAUUAUAUGUAAAUUUAAAUAUAGGUGUUAGUUCAACAGCUUUAUUAUACAACACAUGCCCAUCCUGUGUAUACCUGGAGUAUACCUGGAAAGGGUUUUGAGGGUCAAUGCCCCCACAGCUCGGUCUGUGACCAAGUCUCAUGGUGGAUCAGGGCUGAUCUGCCAAGCUGUUACUGCUGGCCACAUGCAGAUCAAUGUACGAACUACAGCCUGGCUGGUCUGGUACUAAUUUUAGGUACCUGUCCAGUGCCUUCUUGAAAAUGCUAGGGGUCAAUUGGUAAUUCCCUUUAUGUAUGCUGUCAAUGGUAGUCUAAAGAUUACAGAGCCACAUAAUGGGUCCAGGGACUGGGUCCUAAAGUUACAGUGGUAAUGAACUGUUUACAUCUCUGUGAUCUGGUUGUAUUCAUAUUGAGUAGAAAUGUAUCAUGCUAGUCUAUCUAUGUUUAAGGAGGAAGGACCCAGGAGCUGGACCUCAAUCCUCAUAAAUAUAAAAACAGAAUGACCUGAGCAUCAACUAGGUAAAAAACAAAGAGUCCAUAUAGGCCAUGACAGGGCUCAGUCAUAUCAGUAGGUCAAAAAUUUUAAGACAGGACCAAGAAGAGCUGGUGCUCUCCUCAGAAUUACAAAUGGGUGAUUUCAUUUCAAUGUAAAUAUGACAAAAUCCAUGGAGUUAGGGAGGCAUCACAGUAGCUAAAUGAUAGAUGUUAUGUUAUGCCCUGCAAGUGGUGGUCACCCGGCUUUAGUGGGAAACUGUCAAUGUGUUAAAAACGUAUCUGUAAAUUGUACAUAUAACCAUCGUUAACGGAGGUUUUUCGUAGGUAUAUAUAAUAUGUAUACAGUAUACUUUUUUAUAUUUAGGAAUUAUGUCAGAGUAACAUUCACAAUCAUUGUGUUCCCGAAAGUUCAUUGUAAAUCGAACUUUCGGUAUUAGGAACCUAUUUUACCAUAAACAGUGCAAAAUGGGUAAAUAUGUUCCCGAGCCCUAAUUUUCUGUAUCUGACCCAUUAUGUGAUUCUUGACAAGAGUUAAUUGUGUACUUACUGUGAUUGUGUUAAAAAUGGGACUGGGAAUAUUAAGUCAAUGUUAAGACAAUGUCACUCGAUUUACAAGAAGUGUUAAGAUAAUGUUUUUCUCAAGGCUGCAGAGCUAAUUGUGAAUACAUUAUUUUUUGCAAUUUUUACAUUAUGCAGUAGUCCCCCCAAAUUUGUGGGGGUUACAUUCCAAGACCACCCGCGAAUUUGGAAAAUACGCGAAUUCUGGACACUGUUAAAAAAAUGCCUAUUUUUAUAGUUUAAACCCUAAAUAUGCCCCAAAACACUUUAAUUUCAAAAUCAGCUUCAUACAUCACCCUUAAAAAGAAAUGUGAAGAUAAACCCGUUUACAGUACUGUAAUGCUAUGUCUCCCGCAGUGCUAGAAUGUAAAAUACCGAUGUUACCUUAUACAUAUAUACUGUAAUUCAUGCAACCCUGUUUUCUUUGGUAUAUGUAUGGUAAAUAUAUGGUAAUAAUUUAGUAAAAGUAAAGUUAAAUGUACGGGUACUCACCAGUAAUGAAUGAUACCGACUGAAGAUGAUGAUGAAUUAGCAGUGCAGUACGAAUUGCUGAAUUUACGUAAAUACACCUACCAUCCGACUUACGACCUGCUCGACUUACGACCACUUGACUUACGACCGUGUUUUUUAUGCCAAAUUUUUGGGAAAUUAACAACUAUUUGUGUUGUACACAGUGUUUAUUCUAAACCUUACAGUAUAAAAUACAGUACUAGCAACAUAGAAAGUAAAGUAAAACAUGAAAUACCAAAAUAAAACAAUAAAAUAGUCAUUACAAAAAUGUUUUGUUGAUAUUCAGUAGUAAAGUUUGACUUACGACCAUUUCGACUUAUGACCGGUUUCUUGGAACCGAACUCGGUCGUAAGUCGGAUGGUAGGUGUAUUUGUUACAAAAUUAUGAAAUUAUAUUUUUAUUAAUAUAAUUAGCAUUAAAAUGCACAAAAAAUUAUAUAUUGCCACAAGAAAAGCCAAAAAAAAUCCACAAAUUUGCUGGGAUUUCCGUGAACAAUUAUUAAUUAGAUUCUAAGGAAAAUCUGUGAAUUACUGAAGCCGCGAAUUCGGAACCACGAAUUCGCGGGGGUUCACUGUAUGUCUAUAUUGCCCUGUGAAAUAAAUCUUUAUAUAAGUU